AUGCCACUUCAGCUUGAAGAUAUGAAGUUUGGAGAUGCCGAGGCGUACGCAAACACGUAUGCCACCUCGUUCAACACUGACCCUUACUCGAGAGCUUCCUUCGCAGACCAGACAUACGACGAGCGGGUAGCAGGCCUUAUCCGCCGCUGGCCGAAAAACUAUUGCGAGUCUUUCAAUGCCUAUAAGAAGGUCGUCGAUACCGACACGGGAGAGUUGGUUGGUUGGGUCAAAAUUGGGUUUCAGAACACUGAUGUGGACCCCGAUCGAUUUACUCCAGCCGACGCCCCAGAAGAUAUAGUCAGAAAUCGUCCACCGCCCCCAGAAGCCCCAACUGCUGCUCCCACGGGAUCUGGAUUUAGUAGUAGGGCCGCGAGGGCCCAAUUCCGGGGCUUGGGCAAUCGGCCUGCCAUUAUUUUGAAGCUCAUUGGCACACAUCCCAAGGCACAGCGACGUGGCGCUGGUAGCUUGCUGAUGGCCUGGGUCACAGAGUUGGCCGACCAAGAAGGCCUCGCCUGCUGGGUGACUGGCUCACCAAUGGCUGUGCCAUUGUACAAGAAAUUUGGAUUUCAAGUGAUGGAAGAGAUAACCGUGGAUCUGCCUGGGAGUAGCGAUGGGGAAUCUUAUACGCACACGUGUAUGCUUCGCGAGCCGAAGAAACCUGAAGCGGCUUCUUGA